AUGCCUCGUUCCUUCUUGGUGAAGCGAGGAGGGCUGCUCCACCCUCGGCCCGCAGCAGGAAGACCCAGAUCGACCCCAGCGACAUUCAACCAGUUAGAAAAGAAUUUGGCGUCCUCCUGGGAGACGAGACUGAAAGAUUCCACAACAGAGACCCCCAAUGAUAACAUAGAGUCCAUCACAUUACUGCAGCCAGACCUUCCUGCUGCUGCUCACUCACAUGAGAGAGGACACCUUCAGCCACUGAGUCCCACAUCUUAUAACUGUGGACCUGCUGAGCCUUUUAGCCCAGAUACUUGUAUCCCCGUGGAGAGAGCGGACUCGGAAACUCUGAUACCCGCCUCUUGGUCCAAACCUCAUGUGAGCUCAGGUUAUCCUGACAAAUCUUCAGCAGUUCUAGGAAACCUGAUUCAGCCUCUGAUCCUGAGGGAGACCAGGAGCAGAGGCUGCUCCAAGACCAGUGCUCCGAGGCAAGAGUGUCCACUCUGUAGCAAGAUAUUUCCCUGUGUGUCCAGUCUGAAGACUCACGAAUGCAGGAGUCAUGGAAGCAGAGCACAUCUGUCCCCAGCACACAUCACGUCCAGCAGGACAAAUACUGUGCGGUCAACAUGCAGGGGCAAGGAGCGGACGUUUGGCUGUGCCGUGUGUGGGAAAGUGUUCAAGCGCUCCUCCACCCUCUCCACUCAUCUGCUCAUACACUCAGACACACGGCCGUAUCCCUGCCAGUACUGUGGCAAGAGGUUCCACCAGAAGUCUGACUUGAAGAAACACACCUUCAUUCACACCGGAGAGAAGCCCCACGUGUGUGAGAUAUGUGGGAAGGCAUUCAGCCAGAGCUCCAACCUCAUCACCCACAGCCGCAAGCACAGGGAGGACCGUCCCUACCGCUGCACCCGCUGCCCUUACAGCUUCCAGCACAGAGUGGAGCUGCGGCAGCACCAGGAGCUCCACUGCACCUUCCACUGA